ACUCUCCGGAGCUGCUGCAAGUAAGACAUUUUGGUUCAUCUGUUCUCCUUUCUUGCUACAUCUUAGUUGUUGUUGUUGUGUCGUGGUCUGGGCCAGGCUGCCUCGGUAAGCUCCCUGGUGCAAUCAAUAACCGUCUCUCUCUGUCUUUCUCCAGCCUCCUCUUCACGUAAACAAACAGCGGCCGGCCCCUUUCCCUUUAGCUCUCUUUAAACGUCCUCCUGUCCAACCCACGAUUUUCCUUUCUAUCCAACUUAGCGGCCUCCUUACCCACCUCGCCUCAUAUUUUCUCGUUCCGUCGAUUAUCAAUUGUGGUCGUUCUCAUUCCUGACGCUCUGUGACUGACCGUCUUUCCCACUGCGCAUAGCUAUCGGCAUUUCUUAUCGCCUCCAUUACCCGAUCCAUCUACCGACCCCAAGUUCCAAUAAACACCAGCAACCAUGUCGGUCAAGUUUCAGGAAGAGGUCACCAAGUCAAUCCGAGCGGAUACCAAGGAAUUGGCGCAUAAGGUCGGGGAGCGGUUGACGGGUGGAAAUGCUCAGACAGGCUACCUCGCUCUCUACCUGCGUCAGCUGCAGUCGAAUCCCCUGCGCACGAAGAUGUUGACAUCCGGUUUGCUUUCUGGUCUCCAAGAGGUCCUAGCUUCCUGGAUUGCGAACGAUGUCAGCAAGCAUGGGCAUUACUUCAGCGCUCGGGUGCCCAAGAUGACCCUCUACGGCAUGUUCAUCAGUGCGCCUCUGGGCCACUUGCUCGUCGGCAUCCUCCAGAAAGUCUUUGCUGGUCGCACCAGCUUGAAGGCCAAGAUCCUCCAGAUCCUCGCCAGCAACCUGAUCGUCUCCCCCAUCCAAAACGCAGUUUACCUCACGUCGAUGGCUAUCAUCGCCGGCGCGCGCACCUUGCACCAGGUCCGCGCAACCGUUAAGGCCGGCUUCAUGCCCGUCAUGAAGGUCAGCUGGAUCACCUCGCCUCUGGCGCUCGCUUUCGCCCAGAAGUUCCUUCCCGAGCACACCUGGGUGCCAUUCUUCAACAUUAUCGGGUUCUUCAUCGGAACCUACGUCAACACUCACACCAAGAAGAAGCGCCUGGAGGCUCUGAGAAAGCGCUACGCCGAACGCCGUGGCCCCGGCAGCGAGUACGAGAAGGGCGGCGACUACCGGUAAAGAAUGCGAAUACAUCCAAUGACUUGCCAGACCGCGCGAUAAAUUAGGACGAAGAUCUGGGGCCUUGUAGAACUUGGAUAUUGGACUCAUGGCUGGCGAACUGCUUUGCAUGCAUAUGAUGCUUGCCAAUUUACUUCUUGAACAUGUCUCAUGUGACAUCUCUCUUCGACCCGGUGAUUCCCCUGAUGUCGAGAUGAAGAUAUGCCUUUUCUUUUUUACCUGUUACGACGAAUGGUUCUUUCUAAAUAUUGUAUGUGAAUGUUUAUGAUGCCUUGGGCUUUGAACUAUCUAUGAUUUGGUCUGGCUGUUUUGACUUGAGCUCGAUUUCGGAUUUAUCACUUACUAGAUGAUAGAUCAGCAGACUUUAGGUCUUAUAGUCUCCAGUAACAUAGUGAGAGACCUUGUCCACGCUAGAGAA